UCCGUUUGCUACAUUGCAAUGUUAGCCGGUUAAUCACUCCAUUCAUACUCGGAGAUCAUUUUUUUGUUUAGUAAAGUAUUUUAAUAAUUGAAUCAUGACGAUAUUAAACUUAUUACGCAGUAAUUUAAAACUCAAUCGGCUAACAGGCUUGCCGUUCAACAUCUUUGAGCGUGUUCCGUCUGCGUACAUGGCAACGUACGAAAAAUACGCCCAGCACAGGGAAUUGGAAAAAAUUCGGAACAUCGGUAUUUCUGCCCACAUUGACUCUGGGAAAACGACACUUACAGAACGAAUUUUGUACUACACAGGACGAAUUGAUAAAAUGCAUGAGGUCAAGGGUAAAGAUAAUGUAGGUGCAACUAUGGACAGUAUGGAACUUGAGCGACAGCGGGGCAUAACGAUACAGUCAGCAGCAACAUACACAGUAUGGAAAGACUAUAAUAUAAAUAUUAUUGAUACUCCGGGACAUGUGGACUUUACUGUUGAGGUGGAAAGAGCCCUUCGAGUUUUAGACGGGGCUGUUUUGGUCUUGUGCGCCGUUGGAGGGGUACAGUCACAAACUUUAACUGUAAAUCGACAAAUGAAAAGAUACAACGUACCUUGUUUGGCUUUCAUAAAUAAAUUGGACAGAAUGGGAGCAAAUCCAGCCAGAGUUUUGUCUCAGAUGAGAGCAAAACUGAAGCACAAUGCCGCCUUCAUCCAACUGCCUAUAGGACUGGAGAACGAAACCAAGGGGCUCAUAGAUCUUGUUGCUAACAAGGCAGUUUACUUUGAUGGAGAGUAUGGUGAUGUUGUUAGAACGGAUGAGAUACCCAAAGACAUGAGGGCAGAGGCUGACGCAAAGAGGCAAGAGCUCAUAGAACAUUUGAGCAAUGUCGACGAUACUAUUGGUGAACUGUUCUUGAAUGAAUCUGGAAUUACAGAGAAAGAUCUAAUCAGUGCUAUUCGACGUACAUGUCUGAAACGAACAUUCACUCCAGUUUUGGUCGGAACAGCAUUAAAAAACAAGGGUGUGCAACCGCUUCUCGAUGCUGUGCUGAGUUAUUUACCAAAUCCUGGGGAAGUGGAGAAUGUUGCAUUAAGAGAGAAGAAAGGAGAGGAACCAGAGACUGUUAUUUUAAAUCCAGCUCGUGAUGGGCAAGAUUCGUUCGUUGGUUUAGCCUUCAAGCUGGAAGCUGGAAGGUUUGGACAGCUAACAUAUUUUCGGUGUUACCAAGGAAAGUUGGUGAAAGGAGACAAUAUUUUCAACAAAAGAUCAGGCAAAAAGAUACGAACUUCAAGAUUGGUCAGACUUCAUGCAAAUCAAAUGGAAGAUGUUAACGAAGUAUAUGCUGGAGACAUAUUCGCACUCUUUGGGGUAGAUUGUGCAUCCGGAGAUACAUUCGUCACGAAUCCCCAACUGGAUCUGUCAAUGGAAUCUAUGUUUAUUCCAGACCCUGUUGUUUCCAUGUCUAUUCAACCAGCCGAUUCUAAACAUAGGGAUAAUUUUUCAAAGGCAGUUGCCAGGUUUACGAAGGAAGACCCCACAUUUCAAUUUCAUUAUGAUACAGAUAACAAGGAAACCAUUGUUUCCGGUAUGGGAGAACUGCAUUUAGAAAUUUAUGCACAACGUAUGGAACGUGAAUACUCAUGUCCUGUAAUUCUUGGGAAACCAAAGGUCGCCUUUAGAGAAACAUUAGUUGGUCCGUGCGAGUUCGAUUACCUUCAUAAGAAACAGUCCGGUGGUGCUGGGCAGUAUGCUAGGGUAAUUGGCAUAAUGGAGCCACUUCCACCACACGCAAACACAACUCUAGAAUUUGUUGAUGAGACAGUGGGCACUAAUGUCCCAAAACAGUUUGUACCUGGUGUCGAAAGAGGAUUCCGAACAAUGGCUCAGAAAGGUCUUCUCUCUGGCCACAAGUUGGCAGGAAUCAAAUUUCGGCUUAUCGAUGGAGGUCAUCAUAUUGUUGACUCAUCCGAGCUGGCUUUCAUGCUCGCAGCGUGUGGUGCCGUCAAGGAAGUCUUCCAAAACGGAGUGUGGCAAAUCUUAGAGCCAAUUAUGGCUGUAGAAGUAACUGCUCCCGAAGAAUUUCAGGGUGCUUUGAUAAGUCAAAUCAGUAAAAGACAUGGUAUAAUAACUGGAACGGACGGAAUUGAGGGUUGGUUUACCUUAUACGCUGAAGUUCCGCUGAACGAGAUGUUCGGUUACAUUGGAGAAUUACGUUCAUCCACCCAGGGAAAAGGAGAAUAUACGAUGGAAUAUUCGAGAUAUAGUCCGUGCAUGCCUGAGGUACAGCAAGAAAUCAUUAGACAGUACGAACAGAGUUUAGGGAUAAAUCAGGAGCAAAAGUCCAAGAAAAAUUGAUGACCUGUGAACGGUAUAUAUCUAUUUUAGUUUUAUUAUACAAGUGCGGAUGAUAACCUGUUGUUAAAUGAUCAUUUUCGUCGUACUAAAAGUCAAAUCGAAAUCAUGUCUGUUGAUCCAGUAGCUAUAUGAUUUGGAAGAUUGAUGUAUUAAAAAUGAGUUGAACAACGAACGAGAUGUUCUUCUCUCGCCACUUUGUUGAACUAACUUAAAAUUCCUCUGUACAUAUUCAGUAAUAUAUUUAUAAAUAGAGUAACAUUUGUCAAACCCAUGUAAAACGUGAAAUAUAGGAGAUUCGCAAAACGAUA